AUGUCAAAAGUUGAACAAAAUUCAUCUCUCACUCCUCUUCUUGACGAUGAUUAUGAUACCUUCCUUGAAGAAAACGAAGACAGCACGGCGUUUCGGACUCCUUUUGACAGUCAGCUUCAGAAAUUGUUACGACGUGAAACGGAGCUUCGUCUCCGAAUUGACGAAUUGUUGGAAGAAAUUGCAGAAUUAGAGGCCAUUACCAGAAAGCAGCAACAACAAAAAGAACCGGGCGAAGUAAAAGAAGGUGUGCAGCAAAGUGGACAAGCAGGAGAGCCCAACAACAACGAAAAUGAUUCAUGGGAAACCUUUCAAGCACCAGAGUGGUGUAUUCCAAUUAAGGCAAACGUCUUGACCUUUGAAUGGGAUGAACUCGCAAAGGCAUGUCAAUUUGAUGUCAUACUUAUGGAUCCACCAUGGCAAUUAGCCACUCAUGCUCCCACUCGUGGUGUUGCUAUUGCAUACCAACAACUUCCUGACGUGUGUAUCGAGGAGAUGCCAAUACAAAAACUCCAAGAGAAUGGCUUUAUCUUCAUAUGGGUUAUUAAUAACAAGUACGCUAAAGCAUUUGAGAUGAUGCGUAAAUGGGGUUAUACCUACGUCGAUGAUAUCACAUGGGUCAAACAGACGGUUAAUCGAAGAGUGGCAAAAGGUCAUGGGUUUUAUCUCCAACACGCAAAGGAAACGUGUCUAGUCGGGAAAAAGGGCGAAGAUCCACCAGGAUGUCAACAUUCAAUAUUAUCAGAUGUUAUCUAUUCGGAAAGACGAGGACAAAGCCAGAAACCAGAAGAAUUAUAUGAAAUGAUAGAGGGGCUGGUGCCGAACG